UUGGGCUCAACCUUCCCGACUACAAAAACAAUGGGAUCUCCCGGACAAAUGAAUAACGAAUCAUCUAUAACAUCAGCAUUAUCCCCUAUAUGGGACACAAGCCAGCAACCGAGACCAGUGCAGUUACUUGGCCGCAGUGAGGAUACCGACAUUAUCUUAACUGAGCAAAUGGCAGAACAGAUUCGUCCGCAUCUUCCACCAUUCCUUCGUGAAUCCACGAAAUGGGAGCUUCUAUAUGCCACAGACCAACACGGGAUUAGUCUCGCGACGCUCUUUCGAUUGGUAACUGGGCCGGCACUAUUGGUGUUGGAAGACACACACGGGAGAAUAAUGGGCGCAUUCGCAAGCGAAACACUAGGAAUGAGGAAGGGUUAUUAUGGGAAUGGCUCUUCAUUUCUCUGGAGGUUGAAUGAGCGCGACAACGUUACCGUAUAUCUGUCUACCGGCAAGAACGAUUACUACAUUCUUAGCGAAACAGGUGCUAGUGUUGCUUUUGGUGGAGGGACUGGGGCUUUUGGACUGUGGCUUGACGAUCAACUCCAACGGGGACAUACCUCGACAUGUACCACGUACGACAAUGAGCCCCUUACGGGUACAGCUUAUGGUUCAGAUUUCGAGUGUGUGGGGGUGCAAGUUUGGGGUUUCCAAUGGUGACCUUUGUGUGCUGGACUUUUUACGUUCCAGUGGCCAACAUAGACUGAAUAUAGAUAUCUUUAAAUGCUGAUACGUCAAUAAUAUACCCAUGUGCAGAAGAUA